AUGCAGAAUAUAAUAGAUGAAUAUGAAAUAAUCGGAAAAAUUGAUGAAGAAAAAAAUAAUACUUCUAACAGUUUGUUAAAUAAUGAAAAACUUAACAAAAAUAAUGAUAUAGCAGAUGAAAGUAAUUGUGAAUUGGCAAAAUCAGAUGAAUAUACAAACGAAUUAUUAUCAGGUAACUCUAUAUUCAACAUAUCAAUGAAUUCUAAAAAAAAUGAAAUAGAUAAUAUAAAAAUAAUAGAAGUAGAAAAAAAUAUAAAUGAUGAUACAAAAAGAAAAUGUUUAAAUAAUGUAUCAAAUCUCAGAGAUAACAAAAUAGAAAUAACAGACAAUUAUGAACUAAAUUAUAAUGAUGAUAAUGAAUCAGAAUUUUUAAAUGAAAAAAAUAAUGAAAAUUCUAAUGAUAAGAAUAUACAUAAUGGGGAAAUAAAUGAUAGUAAAUUGAAUAAAGUAGGUGAUAAUAUAAUUAGUAAUGAAAAGAUUAAGAAAAAUACUGGAAAUAAUGAAAAAGAAAGCAACAAUAUAGUAUUAAGAGAAGAAUUAAAUAAAGAUACUAUAAUUAAUAAUAAAGAUAUAUUGAAGACAACUAACAAUGAUAAAAAUAAUUGUAAAAGGCAUUAUAAAGUUUUAAUACAUGCCCCUGCUUGUUGGAAAGGUGAAAAAUUCAAUUCUACACCAUUUAUUUUUGUAUACGACAAAUCAAUAAAUUUUUUUACAUAUAGUGAAUCACCAUUAGAAAUUGAAAAAUAUAUUAUUGAUAUAAGUUCAGAUGAUUUUGAAAAUAGAGUAUUAACCAUAAUAUUUUAUGAUUCCUUAUUCGCAUGCUCUACCGCUUCCCUUCUUAUGAAUAAUAACAAGAGUGAAUUAGAACGCUUGCCUAAACCGCUUAGUGUUUUUUACUUACCAUUAUCUAAGUUAGAUUUAAAUAAUGAUUCUGUAAAAUAUAGAUUAGCCUUAAGAACAAAUAGUAUUUUAUGUAAUAUUAAUAUAAAAGAAGCCAUUAGUUUAUUUAAUAAUAGUUCAAAGAUAAGCGGUCAAAAUGUAAAUAAAUUCAGUUUGCAUUUUAUUUUAAAAAAUAAUAAUUAUUCAGACAAUGAUACUUAUAAUUACUUAAAUUAUCAAACAAAAAUGUAUGGAAUUCCAAGAUCUAAUUUAUCGUCAUGCAUACAAAAACACAAAUUGAAUCAUAAAAAUUUACAAAAUACUAAGAUAAGUUUAUUAAAUUCAUCAAAAAGUCAAGUUAAUUGUUUCAAAAAUUCUCAAAAUAAUGAUCAAUAUAUAUCAUUAGAAAAAUUGAAACAUAGAUGGGAAAGCUACACACAUAUAAAUAUGAAUCAUAUGAAAAAUACAGACAAUACUAUAGUAAAAAAAAAUUCUAAGUUAGAAACAUGCGAUAUUUCAAAUGAUAAUGAAUCGUUUAUUAAUAAAGUAAAAACAGAAAUACCUAUUAAAAAUAAAAUAAAUUUUUACAAUAACAAAGAUGAAAAGUUUAGAGAUUAUUUGUUGAAUAAUCAAUUAUAUAAACAUUCAAAUGAAAAAAUUAAUGACAAUGCAUCCAACUAUAGUAGAGCAAAAUCAUAUGCAUUGAUACCUAAUAUAAAAUCAACAAAUGAAUUUGAUAUUAAAGACGAUGUGUUACCAGAUGAUAGUGCUUCUAUGAUUCAUGUUUUUGACAAAGAAUCUGGUAUAUCAGAAAAAGGAAAAAAUUUAAAAGAAGGAAGUACAUUAACAAGUAAUUUUAGAGUAGUUAAUAAUAUGUUUUCUUCUGUCAAGCAAAUAAUGAAAAAAAGAUAUGAAAUGAAAGAUUCUGCAAAUAAUAAAUAUGGAAUAAAUAAAAAGGAAAAAAUCAAUGAUUCAAAUAAUAAAAAUUUAUAUAAUGAUAUUAAUGAAGAAAAAUCUGUUUGUUAUUCCCAAAUUCAAAACUUAAAAUGUUAUAACGCUAAUAAUUCUGUAUGUUCAUCUUAUGCAAAAAAUGAUGAUAACUUAAUUUUAGCUAUUAAAGAAAUAAAACAAUGGAUGGAAAAAAUUGAAGAUAAAGUUAGUAAUAUAUCAUAUGAAAAAAGUGAAAUUAAUUUGAAUAGCUUAAAUAAGAAAGAUGAAAAAUAUAAUAAAAUUUUAAAAUUUUUAAUAAAAAGUGUAAAAAAUCACAUAAAAUCCAAAAAUAAAGAUAUUUUUAAAAGCUGUUAUUUAAAUAUUAGAAAUUUAUAUCUUAUGAAAAAAAAUGAAAAAGUGAAAUUUGAAAAUAAGUUAUUAUUAAGAAACUAUAGUACACUUAAAACAAAAUAUAAAAAUGUAUUAGUUAAUAUAUGUAAAAAAAAUUUUUUACUAAAAUAUUAUUCUAUAAGAGAUAAAUUUCAUUAUAAUAAAAAAUACGAAAACAUGAUGAGGCAUUUACAAUUAGAAAAGAACGAUUUGCUAAACAUAAUUGAAGAAAAAAAGUUUGAGCAAGAAAAUAAUUUAAAUAUAAAUCUUAUGUUAUCUGAAGAAUUAAAAAAAUUACAAGAAGAAAAAGAAUCAAUUCUCAAUAAAAAUUAUUUUUAUAAAAAUGAAAAAGACAUUACAGCUAACAAAUAUGAAUCUUUACUUAAAGAAUACAACAUUUUAAAAGAAGAAAUAGAAAGUCUAAAGAAAGAAAAUGAAAAUAUGAAAAAUGAAAAUGAAAACAUUAAAAAAGAAAAGGAAUCUUUAAAGAAAGAAUUAGGAGAUACAAAAGCAAAAUAUUUUAAUUUGACUGGAAUAUUAGAAGGAGAAGAAAAAAUAUAUAGUAAAAAGGUGGAAGAGUUAGAACAAAAACUUAAUAAAGUUACAAAUGAAAAAAACACUCUUAUUAAUGAAAUUAAAGAUGAAAUCGAUAAGUUCACAAAAAUUUUAAAUGAAAAAAAUGAAGAAAAUAUCAGAAUAAAAGAAAAAUUAAAAGAAUUAAAAAAUAUAGAAGAAAAAUAUAAAAAUACUCAAAUAAGUUUCGAUUCCCUCAAAAAAGAAUUUGAGAAAUCUUUUGAUGAAGUACAAUUAAUUUUAAAAGAAAUGAUUCAAAAAGAAAAAGAGUAUACCAAAAAAUAUAAUAAUUCUAUUAAGACUUUAGAAGAAGAGUAUAAAGAAAAAAUAGAAAAGAUGAACGAUGAAAAAGAGAUUUUAUUAAAUGAAAAUAAUUAUUACAAAGAUUUAUGUAAAAACCAAUUCAACAAAAUUAUUGGGGUUGAUGAUAGUCUCACUACAACAGAGAAAUUAUUAGAACAUGUUUUAUCUCAGUAUCCUCAAUUAUUUAAUGAAUUUAGAAAUAAUUCUAGAACAAAUUUAUUAAAUAAAUCAUUUGGAAAAAUGCAUUAUGAAAAUAUACAUGCUGUAAGAGAUAAUAUUAAAUUAAUUAGAAAGUCAUUAAGUCAUUUCAAAAUGAGCUGCAAAAAUAAUUCAUUUAAUUUUCAAGUUUAUCCUGAUUCAAAGAAAUGCAAUAGAAAAAUAAGUUAUUUAAGUACUAGAAGUAAACGAAUUAAUAGUAUUUCAAGAAACUGCGAAAAUUAUCAAAAGAUAAAAGAUGGUAAAAAUUUACAUUUUGAUUUUGAAAAUGACGAAUCUGAAUUAUAUAACAAAAGAAAUAUCAGUAAUAACGUUAGUAGGAAAAAUUCUAUUAUUUCAGUCAAUACUAAAAAAUAUAUAGAUGUUAAAAAAAAAAUAGAAAAUUAUGAUGUGGAGUUACAUAAAAAGGAUUCUACAUUAAAUAGAAGCGUUUUUGCUAAUAAAAAAAACAAUGUUGUCUUAAUUUCUGAAAACAAAAAUAAUAUUCGUAAAAUAAGAAAUGAGAUAAAUAGUCUCGAAAAUAGUGAAAUGAAUACAUUAAAAAAUACUAAAAGAGAGUAUGUUGAAAUAGAGCAAUGUUUUAAAAAAGAUGAUGAAAAGAAAUAUAAUAACAACAAUGAAAAAAGCAGUGAUGAUACAGUUAAUAAAAGCGAUUAUCAAAAUAUUUAUAAAGAAAAUAAUGUUAGUAAUAAUCUUAAUAAAAAUGAAAAAUUAAAUAUAGAUAGAAAUGAUGAAAUAUAUAAUAAUUUAAACAGAGAUAUAAAUGAAUUAAACAAUAUUGACAUAGUAAAUAUGUAUGAAAAUGAUAAUGAUUCUAAUCAUAUUAACAUUUCUGAAAAUUCGGUUACGGAUAUAGACAUUAUAGGAAAAAAUGACAUAAAAGAUGAUAAUUAUAGUGAAAAUAAUAAUGAAGAAACAAAAAAUAAUGAUAAAGAUAUUGUAGAAGAAGAUAAAAUUAUAAAUGCAAAUAAUAAAGAAAAAAAUAGUCAAUUAGAUAAAAAUAAUUUCAAUGAAAUAAUAUCUUUUAUAGAAAAAAAUGUUAUUAAAAAUUCAGAAUCUUUGAAUAGUAAAUUUAAUGAAAACUCAAAUGAUAACUAUAAUAAUGCUUUUAAAUAUAGUACCCAUUGUUUCGAUAAUAUAGGUAAUAAAACAAUAAAUAAGGGGAAUAAAUAUUCCAUUAAAACAGAUAAAAUUUUGAGAAAAACCAAUUCAUCUAUUACUUCUUAUAAAUCAUUAUAUACUACUAAAAGUACAGAUAAACUUAAAAAUGUCGACAAAGUAGUUAAAGCUUCUUCCGAUAGCAGUUCAAUUAAAAAUAUAAGUAAUAAUUCCAAAUUACAAAACAAAAAUAAUAUAACAACAAACAUAAAAAAAAACUAUCAAAAAAAUGUGAGCAAUACUAUAUCAGUAGGAAAAUCAGUUAUAAAUACAACAAAAAAAAAUUCUUCCAUGAUAUAUCAAAAGAUAAACGAAGGCAAUUCAUAUAAUAAUGAAGGCACACCCAGAACAUAUACAACUCAUUAUAAAUGCAAAAAUAUUGAUGAAUUUAGUAAUAUUAAAAAGGAUGAUUCAAAAAAUUCUAAAUAUUCUAAGGUUUCUCUAAUAAAAAAAAACUUGACACCUGAUAAAUUUAGAAAUAAAACUAUUACAAAUAAAACUAUUAUUUCAAAAAAGUAA